AUUUAACGUAGGGAUAAAAAGAAGAAUAAAAAAGAGUGGAGAGAUCCUAUUGGUCAGUAUGGCCCUCGCGGUCAUAAUCGCGGCUCGUUAUUGGUUGAUCAAAUUGGCAACGUUGUUAUCGCUUGGACGAUACUAAAUUAACACGGGAUAUACGUCGUCGUCUUAAUUACAGAUCGAAAAAUCACGAAUUUAUAAGUGGGCCAUUACGCGAUGACGCAAUGCGCAUGCGCGAUGGGCCUGUCUAGACGUGUGCCGAGUAAACCAUCGCCAUUUUGAGUUCGCGAGUCCUGACAGGUUGCACGAAGUAUCGUCGUCCUCGGAAUCACAGAGUUCUAAGAAUUUUACGAAACGUAUCAAAGAAAAUAUAUCCAAUGGAAAUCAUUUGUAUCGUAUAACAUAUACGAGUAAGUCUAUCUUUUCGUAACAACAUAAAGAGAGCGUAAUAAGAGAGAAAGAGAGAUCGAUAACAAUCCGCAAAUAAUAACAAACAGGUUAUGAAUCUCCAAGAAUUUCUUUGAAUAAGAACGCGACAAAGCAAUCGGAGGUCGAUUCCUUAAAGGUCAGAAGAAAAUCUCUUCAGUUUUAAAGGGUCUUUCGUCGUGUACACACAUACGUAUCUACGCAUUCAUUAAUUUUCUCUGAGGUGAUCCCGAUAUUAUCCCAAUAAAGAAUCGCUUAAGUAGAGUCAGUGUUUGUUCGGUAACUAAAAUUUGUCGGUGUUGUAUCGCGUAUAUAUUUACUUUUAGAAACACGUGUAAUUUAAAUCGAUUGCGUGCAAAGCAGUCAUAGAGUCAGUGUUUGUUCGUCUGAAGUUUUGUUAUUCCGUAUUUAUAUUAUAUAAACAGUAGAGAUAUUCUCGAAUUAGACUCAGUGUCCGUUCCGUAAUAAUGUAUAUUAUAACUUUUGCAUAUUAGAGUCAGUGCAUCAAGUAAGAUGAUUCACAGAAUAUCUACAUUUCCAUAGGAGAAAUUUGAUAGUUGGGUUCUCGUCUCUCUACAAUUUGGAUCAUCAAUGAUUUCAACUUAUAACUUAAUAUCUAUUUACAUCGUGUCUAUCACUUAUGUACUACGGAUGAAUCUUCCUUAAUUUCGAUCAACUGCAAUGCGAACGAGCGAGUGUUUUGGAGCCACUGUAGAACUUCUUAAGUAGUUGCCAAUAAUUCACGUUGCUAUCCCGAAGGCGUGUUCCACACUCCCACCACUGGCUGCUUACAGACCGUCGCGAUACUUGAUUUUAUGUCCGGCCGUCCGAAACCGACGAUUGAGACUAAUGAGCGGUGUUCUUGAUAUCGCAAUCAACGUCCCUCGCCAAAUCGAGAACUUGGUUGAGGUUACUCAUUCGUACAACGACGACGAUUGAGAAUGUUCGUCUAAUGCGCAUGUGUUACGAGAACAGCGGAGGGUAAAUUAAUAGUUGUGACAAUUUUACGAAGUCGCAAGGCAAGACGAAGAUACUCAGGAACAAUAAUUACGAGUAACACCUGCUGGUAUUCCCGAUCGAUAAAAUGUUGUGGUGGUGUCGUAUCGAGAACCCUAACUGUUGCAAGUAUAAUAAUUCGAUAAUUACAGUCCAACGUUCUUUGAUAACACUACUUGUUAUUUCUGAUAUCUCGUGGUUUCUUAAAAUAUAGAAAACAAAAGGCGAAGAAAAAUAAUAAGGGAAAAAAAAAUAAUAAAUCGAUGUAAAACUCGAGGUAAAAAUUUUCUGAGAGACAUCAGAAGUGUUUCGAUCGUUCUACCGAGAUGGACAUCUUCGAGGACAGUUAUUACAAAUUAAAUCGAUUUUUUUUAUCCAUGGUAGGACUAUGGCCGUUUCUGGAUAAAAAGAGAAAGUUUGUUUUAAGGAUAAUAGCGAAAAUGUGCCUUGCUUGUCUUUUGAUUCCUCAAAUAUCUAUGAUUGCAUCGAACGUCAAUAUGGAAACCGUCACGAAUGUGUGCAUGUUUUUUUUACCGAGUGUUGCCAUCGCUGAGGGUUAUUAUACUAUGUAUGUCAACAAUGAGAAAGUAAAAAUGAUUUUGGAACACAUCAAGUAUGACUGGAGUAUAUUCGCCGUUGGAAGAGAAAGGGGAAUUAUGCAGGAGCACGCAGAGGAAAGCAAAAUGUUCACUGUAAUUUUAGCCGCUAUUCACUAUUUCUCAAUGUAUUUUCUAAUAUUUUUUUCGAUGGCUCCUGCAAUUUUGGAUCUCGUUGCACCAUUAAACGAAACCAGACCACGCGAAUUACCCAUUCCUGCUGUAUUCUUUUUCGAUCAUGAAAAAUAUUUCUUUUAUAUGAUCUUGAUAGCCUUCUUUGUGACAACGGUGGUCGGUGCAAUAUCAAUGGCUUUUUAUCCGUUGAUUUUGAUCUGUAUGAAGCACAUCUGUGGAUUAUUUCAAAUCGCAGGAUAUUUAUUCGAGAAUAUCAUAAACGAGGAGAAUGAAGGUGACCUUAACGAUGCCGAACAAUUAUAUGCUAGAGUAGUCCACAGCGUGAAAUGUCACAAAAGAGCGAUAAAUUUCGCCAAUCUCGUGAAUUCAUAUUACGAAUGGAAUUUAUUCUUUCAAUUUGUGCUAACAUUCGUUAUGCUCGCCAUUGAAAUUUUCAUUAUUCUAACUUUGGACAUGACCGAGCAAAAUUUCGACGAAAUUGUUACCUACGUGUUUUACGUGUUCGCGGUUAUGGUUUUCGUGUUCUUCACCGGUCAUAUCGGUCAAUUGGUGAUCGAUUACAGUGCUGACGUUUUUAACAAAGCAUAUGCAACGCCAUGGUACUUGUUGCCAAUUAAAACACGAAAAUUAUUUUAUCUUGUAAUGAUGAGAAGUAUAAAACCGUGUUACAUUUCUGUUGGAUGCAUUCAAUUUCUCUCGUACGAACUUCUCAUGUCGACUUUACAAAAAUCUGCUUCUUACGCCAUGGUGAUCAAAUCCUUUAAAUGAACGACUUGAAAGUUAUCUUAACUAUUAUUUAAAAAAUGAAAUCGUUAUAGAAAAUGUCAAUGAACUGUUGGAAACAUAUUGGAAAGCAAAGAUGAAGUAAAUAUCGUUCAUGCGUACAGUCUUAAGAACAAACUCUACACUUUGAUCUUUUUAGGUAAGAGUUAAAAUGAAAAAGGAAAUAUAAAAACAAAAUAGAUACAAAUUGGAAAGAGAGAGAGAAAGAGAGAGGAAGAGUACUUCUUUUUCUUUUUUACUUUUACAGCUUUUGUGAGUAUUCGCUUCAUCGUUUUCUUCGGUUGCAGCAUUACGUUGUUAUAUCUAGACUACGAUAUGGCCGACGCGAUAUUUAUACCGUUGUAUGUUCCCUUCAACGUGAAUAAAUAUUUCAAAGAAACUUUUAUAUUUUUCAUUGCAACAUCCGUGAUGCUCGUGUUUACAACAGCGUCUACUUAUAGUAUAUCGAUGUAUACCGUACGACAUAUAUGCAUUUUCUUGGAAAUAGCUGGGUGAGAAAAAUAGUGCUUUUUUUUCUAUCUUUCCCUUUUAUUUUAUUAACAAUUCGAAAUUUAUAGACAUGUAAUUACGAUGGCAUUCGAGAAUAAGGAUAAGAGAAAUAUUCGUGAGAAAUUGAUCCGUGGCAUAAGAUUCACAAGAUGGUCUUACGGUUAGUAUUUGAUUAUAUUUAAAUAAGAAAGAAAAAGGAAAAAAAGCAAUUUUCAUUUGACGUUUAAAUGAAAUAGAGUAUCGUUGAUUAUAAAGAUAUCUAAAUUAUAUAAACCAAUACUGGGAAAAUACGUUUUAAUUAAAUCCGAAUUGGCAGUAUCGAUCAUAGCCAUCGAUUUCGUACACGUGAGUGUUAAAUAAUAAAUUUAAAGAAAAAAAAGAAAAAAGUAAAAUUAAUAAUUCGUCGAGUCAAG